AUGCGUAACGCUCGGAGCCAGCGCCCCAAAUACGUUAACGCGGUAGAGGCGAUUUCUGGCGACCGAAUGUCCGCCAUUAGAGAUAUAAUGCUUAAACCUCCGGAGAAGAAGGUCUACGACGUUCUAAAAGCCGUGAUCCUUCAGUUCUAUACUCCUUCUAACGAGGAAAGGUUACGCUAUUUGCUGGCUCGUCACCCGAUUGGUGACACGACGCCAAGCAGGCAUCGCUACGUUGAAUGUGUCUGUGGUGGGCGCUAA